AUGCGCAACAGUGUUGAGUCGACAAAAUUCAAACUGGACGGCGGGUAUUUGAGGAAGACGGUGAAAAAAGAAAAACAAAGGUUCAUUGUUGAAGAUUUAACCAGAUUUAAAGAAAAUGACGAGCACAUUGAAAGGAAUUACUCUGAAAGGAAGCGCCGAGAUCGUUGCUGAGUUCUUCUCAUUCGGCAUCAACAGCAUCCUGUACCAGAGGGGCAUCUAUCCUCCAGAGACAUUCACCAGAGUUACACAUUAUGAUAUGAGCCUUCAACUGACCACAGACCCCAAACUGAAGAACUACCUGACCAACGUGGUGUCUCAACUCAAAGAGUGGCUGUUCGAGUGCACCGUGCAGAAGCUGGUUUUGGUGAUCACAUGUCUGGAGACCAACGAGGUGCUGGAGAGAUGGCAGUUUGACAUCGAGUGUGAUAAGUCGGCCAAGGAGAGCAGUGCUCCCAGAGAGAAGUCCAUAAAGACGAUUCAGGAUGAGAUCCGCUCCGUUAUCAGACAGAUCACCGCCACUGUCACCUUCCUGCCGCUGCUCGAGACGCCAUGUGCGUUCGACCUUCUCGUCUACACCGACAAAGACCUGGAGGUCCCUGAGAAGUGGGAGGAGUCCGGUCCUCAGAUCAUCGACCAAUCAGAGGAGGUUCGUCUUCGCUCCUUCACCACCUCCAUCCACAAGGUGAACAGCAUGGUGGCGUACAAGAAGACUGACUGAGUUUCAACCCCUUCAACAUUAUCUGUAAAUAUUAGAAACCAACCACUGCCGCUGGUAGAAACGUCCACACCGUCCUGUUCUACCUCACUGUCCACAUCUGCUCAACUUCCUGUUUUUCUUUGCUUCAACUUUUGAGAACAUGCAGCGUCUUGUUCUGUGUGAUGUAAAUAUUUCUCAUAAACGGGAUUUUUGUGUGAAAAAGAUGCUCCAAAGGCUUUCUCCUUAUCCUCUCUGUUUUAGAAGCUAGUGGUUUAUAUGUUAAACUUUUAUUACAUGUCAAAUAAAUGUAUUCAAAGAUU